AUGGACCUCUACCGAGCUACCUUUGCGGGUUCCGUAUUGCUGAAUCUCUUUGCAUUCUACCAAACCCACCGCUCCCGCAAAGCAACCACCGAGGCGGCCGUCUCGGACAAGAAAGAUGGACUGGAAUCCCACGAGCCCGAUAUGGACGGCUUGGCCAAGCUGAAGAAGCGCUUCUUCCCAAUCUAUCUGCUCGUCAACGCUGCGGAUUGGCUUCAAGGACCCUACAUCUAUCCCAUCUACAAAGAUGAGAAAGGACUCCCCGAAGAAACAGUCGCCUUCCUCUUCCUCACAGGCUUCAUCUCCGCCGGCAUCUCCGCAUCCUUUGUAGGCGGACUCGCAGACCGUUAUGGCCGAAAGACGGCCUGUCUUGGAUACUGCGCCAUCUACUCCCUCUCGUGUGCCACGCUCCUUACCAACAACAUCUACAUUCUAUUCUUUGGUCGUAUACUCGGCGGUCUUUGCGGAACGAUCCUCUGGAGCGUCUUCGAGAGCUGGCUCGUCGCCGAGUUCAACCAACUUAUGCUGCAAGAUGGUGAGCCUCACUUGAGUGCCAUCUUCAGCACCAUGACCACUUCCAACACUCUGGUUGCCAUUGCCUCUGGCAUCUUCGCUGAAUGGGCCGUCACCAAAACGGGCACUGCCAAGACGCCGUUCAUGGCUUCGAUUGCGUGCCUGGCCCUGUCCUUCCUAGCCAUCUCGUCGUACUGGGGCGAGAACUAUGGAUCCAGCAACCGACGGGCAUCUGAAACCGAAGGUCUUCUUCAGCAAGAAGAGGCGGCGCCGGCGCCUUCCUCAACCUCUGCUCUGCGAACAAUUCUCCGUGACCGCAACAUUAUGAUUCUCGCGCUGGUAUCGGGUUUCUUUGAAGGAUCGCUUUUCCUAUUCAUCUUUUUCAAAUUCCCUGCAUUGAAGCUCAGCCACCAAUUAUCCGGCUCGACAGACGAGCUGCCUUUCGGUCUCAUUUUCGCCAUCCUCAUGUGCUCCAUGAUGCUUGGCUCUCUCCUCCACAAACAUGUCUCCACAUCGGCAAACCCAGUACCUGCGCAGAAGAUGCUCAUUGGCAUUCUCGCCAUUUCUUCUGUCUGUUUCUUUAUCCCUGGGCACUUCCGUGACGAACGCCUUACACUAUGGUGCUUCUGCAUCUUUGAGCUCUGCUGCGGAAUCUACUACCCGGCCAUGGGCUCGCUCAAGAGCAAGCUCAUUGAAGAUGGGUCACGAGCCAGCAUUUACGGUAUUCUUCGCAUUCCGCUCAACGUCUUUGUCGUGCUAGCGCUCAGCACCACAAAAGAAGGCGAGGCGCAUCGCGACACAGUAUUCACUACAUGUAGUGUCCUGCUCAUUGUGGCUGCCGUGUUUGUCCACAAGACGCUGGCCUGA